AAUUUGCGCUCGCCAUGUCAGAACGUACCCCCCUGUUCGUCGUCUCGGAAGACACCUCGUCCAACUCGCGCUCCAAGAAGGCCGCGGCCUUUGCCGUCGCCAUGAUUGGUGCCUUGGCUACGGUUGGGUACGUCAGCAACUCUGUCACGCCGGCUGUCGCCCCUGCCGCCGUCAUGUCGUUGGAUGUGGAGCCUGAAGUCCCUGUGUCUCCGACAACCCCCGGUAUCUGCAAGCGCACGUCCGAUUGCGCCAAGUAUGGUGCAGAAUACUCGUGCGUGGCCGUGGAAUCGUCGAUUCCUGGGCUGACGACGCUGUCCCAAUGCGUCCGUGGCGCUGUAUGCACGGGUAACGUCGGUGGCUCGUGCCCAUCGUUCAACAGUUGGACGACCAAAUACCGCCAAAUUCAACCUGUAUGUGCCUUCGCGGAAGCGAAGAACUGCGAUAACGCCUUAGCUGCCGAUGGCACAUCUGUGAAUGAAGCCGACGCGAACAAGACAGUCACGUGCUUCGCCGCCACGUUCUCGAACAAGAACGGUGACGAGAAGGAGGUCAACGGUAUCUACAAGUGCGUCGACGCCAAGUUGUAUUCUGACAAGAAGAUGGGUUUCCUUGACUUGACGGCCUCGCAAUUGCUGUCUUGCGCCGGCAACUCGAGCGCGUUCGUCAGCUCCACCGGCGUCAAGCGCGUGGCUCCGCUCUGCAACGGUCGCGGCACGUGCGCCCCGGUCUCCCAGUUUAACUCGACCUACGGGUGCAAGUGCAACGGCGGGUACUCUGCCGACGACAACUGCUACGAACCUGUUGGCAACGUGUGCGAUGGAUUCGGGCAGUGUGGCGUCAUGGGCAGCUGCGACCCCAAGAAUGGCGCGUGCGUGUGCAAGGUAGGCGCCAAGGGCGACCAAUGCGCCAAGUGCGACGCAACUGCUCCUCUCGAAAACGUGUGCAGUGGACAAGGCACGUGCGGCAUCGACUCGACCUGCCAAUGUGCGGCUGGUUUUGAAGGUAUCCACUGUGAAACCCGCAGCAAGUCGAACGGCACAUCCACUUCGACUGAAGUGACGGACGCCCCCGUCAAGUCGGGAGUUGCCGGCUCGUUUGCCCUCUCCACCGUUGCUGCCAUCGCCGUCUUGGCUAUGUCCUUUGUGUUCUAAUCCGAAUCACGUGUCCA